CAUCCAUUUUCUUCAGACUGAUCCUAAUUUUUGACUGUUCUCAAUGAGCGAAGACCACAGGCAGGAACCUCCUCCAGAGGCCAAUGAAUCCAGAGAAGCAACUGUAACUGCUGGUGAGAGCUCGAGCCAGCACCGUAGCGGCUGCGGUCUCCGUCAGGCCCUGCGGAAAGUUAAGAAGAAUGUGACUAAAAAAGUUUCUAAACGCUUCAAGCGUUCCCGCCGUCAAAUCCCUGCAGUCCAGAACACCGAUCAUGAAGGUGCUUCAUCGAAUCAGAAUAUCGAAGAUGCGUCGUGUCUACCUUCCAAUGGCGACAAGCCCACCACAUCUGAAAAUCUAAAGGGCUGUGUGAAUGAAGGAGUGUCCGGAGAGUCUGCUUUGAAGGUCCUCGACGCCCCUCUUGGCGUGGAAGAGAUUCUGGAUCCCCAAUCAAUUGAUGCUGAAUUUCGGGGUGCCCAUGAAGCCGAGAAUGGGCCAAAAGGUCUCACUGCCGCAGACGAUUUCCUGACCACCCAUCUUCAAUCACUCAAAAAUUUUGACACUGUCAUCGAGGAUCCUGCGAAUGUAUGGGCCGCUCUUCUUGAUUGGAAGCUGUUACGCACUCAAAUAGAUCUGUUAGGCGGAGCCCUAAGAGGGGCGUCGUCCGCUAACGUACAUCCUUACGCAAAGAUGGUGCUGGGUAUGCUGUCUGCUGCAUCCAAAAUCAUUCUCGCUCAGACGGAACACGACCAAUCGGUACAAUCUCUUCUCGAGAAAUUGGAACAAGUUUACGGCUUCAUGUCACAAGAUGACACUCUUGGCCAAAUUUCAUCCAAGCAUAGUAUCGCUGGACGAAUCACCCAGCAGACUAUGGAGUGCGCAUGUUUCAUCAGGGAUUAUUCGGAGAAAAAGAGCUUUUGGAAGAGACUAGGGAAAAAUGUUGCCUCGGAGACGGACGAUCUGAUCUCACGGUACAACAAGGCUUUGAACGAGCUUAUGCAACAAUUUCGGGACCAAGCUCUCCGGGACCAAGCCGAUCUUGUCCGGUAUAAGAGUGACGAACUGGGUGACAGACCGGAUCUCAGUGGUAUGCCUUACGCAGCAGGCGCGGGCCUGAAUACCGCGGAACAAUGCAUAUCAGGGACACGCACAAGCAUUCUCUCCCAGAUCACUGAAUGGAUCAAUGUCAGUGGAGAUACUGCUCAGCGUGUACUGUGGCUAUCUGGCCCUGCGGGAACGGGCAAAUCAUACAUUGCUCACACGAUUGCUAAGUGGUUCAACGACGCGGGUGGGCUUGCGAAUGCAGUCGAACAUGAAAAUGCGCUCAAGAACACGAGUGAUAUCAUCCAGCAGUGGCGCAAGCUGUUUAUGGAACCGUUGAAAAAGUGUUCCAGGUCGAGUGUGGGGCCUGUCUUGAUUGUGAUAGAAGCGCUGGACAAGAGCGGCGAAGUCGCGACACGGCGUAACCUUCUCCGCAUACUUGCGGGUACACUGGAGGGCGAAGGUCUUCCCAAAAUCACCGAACUCCCAUCCAACUUUCAGAUUCUUGUUACCUCUCGCGCCCUUCCUGAUAUCAAUUCUGAAUUUCAGGAUGCUCCACAUAUUCAACGGUUAUCCAUGGACGACAUCUCAGAAAAAGACUCGAAGAGAGACAUCCAUACAUUUGUGUCCUACAAGCUGAAAAAGGUGUCUGGUCUUGGAAACAAAGAAUUUGCAGUCCUUGCUGACAAAAGUGAUGGACUAUUCGAGUGGGCCCGUCUUGCAUGCAGAUACAUCCAGGAAACCCCUUUUGGCUCAUACCCAAUUGAUUGCUUCAAUGCUGUGGUGACCCACGAUCAUGGAGAGCGGAAAAAUUUGUUGUAUGAUCUUUAUCGCGUCAUCUUAGCAGAAAACAUGGGAAAGGACAGAUACACAAGAACCGAGUAUCAGCAAGUGCUGGCGAAGUUUCAUUCCGUGAUGGGACAAGUACUCGGCUCAGCCAAACCCCUCCCUUUAGAUGCCCUGAAUGCCAUGCGGAGCCGUUUUCCAGACCAAAGAGAGCAUUACAAAGUGGAGGUUGUGAUAGAACGUAUGGGAUCUCUCCUAAGUGGCAUCACCAACCCAUCUAGUCCCAUCCGACCCCUUCACGCAUCCUUCCGCGAAUUCCUGACAGACAAAUCAUCCAGCGGAGAUUUUUUCCUGGAAAUCUCGAAAUCGCAACAUGAUCUUGCGUUUGCGUCACUUCGAGUGAUGGAACAAGAUCUUCGCUUCAAUAUGUGUAAUUUAAAGUCUUCAUACCUCCCCAACAGCAAAGACAUCGGGCUGUUGUUACAGGCAUCCGUAACACCUACAGGACCCCCUGCUCUGCCUACGCCUACCCCCGCUCUGCUAGACUCCCCGCGCGGCGGUGCGCCACCCGCGCCUAGAAAGAUAGCAGUCUGGACCGCUAUAAUGCCGCCCCUGGUGCUAUGA